UCCACAGCCUGUCUCAGCUCCUGAAUCUGCUCUCUUUCACUGCUGGGAUGUCUGUUUCUCCUCCAACUGCUUCUGCAAAGAAAUAAAGCACAAUGGACAUGGAACUCAUCUAAAAACGUAUUGUCAGACUUGAACGGUACAGUGAUGACUGCUUUGCGCACAAUUCUUGCGGCACUCACCAUGAUCUCUUGUGUGUUGGGGGACAAUUCCGGACAGUACUCCUAUGGCUCUGAUGUCACAGAGGCAGCCAACUUUGCCAUUGAUUUCCAUAAUCGCAUGAGCAAGUAUGCCUUUGUGUACAAGGUCAUCAACAUUCUAUCUGCCACACUACAGAUUUAUCCUCCGGCUCGGGUGAAACACAUCAUGACUGUCAAAGUGGGACAGACUGUGUGUAAGAACGAAGCCAAUGUAAACUUGGCUGAUUGCAGCCUGCAGAAUUCUCUGGAUCUCAAGACUAUGAUCUGCCAUUUUGUCGUGCUUGAGGUCCCACAUUCUGCCUUUCCAACUCCAAGCUACCUUCUGGUGGACCAGUGUAAUUGACAAUGGAGUUGGAAUUUAAGUUUAUCAAAGCAUUCUGGAAUGAACUAACCCCGCUGCUGCAUCACCAUACAUCUACAACUCUUGAAAAGCAUUUUAUUGUCAACACAAACACAAUAUUUGGAGCUUGACAUUUCAAUUUUGUUUCACUUUGAACUCCUUUAGUCUGUUUGAUCUAUUAUACAUCUUUAAUAAUCCUUUGGCCACCACAGUCAAGUUCUACUGAUUCAUUAAGAGGUUAAUAAAUUACUCUAA